ACCAACAGCAGCCGAAGAGGAAACGAGAGGAAGACGUAAGAAAUUGAGAAGCGAUGUUAGGCGUCGCUAAAAGCGUUAUAACAGCAAAUAAACGUGAUUUAGCUCGCUUUAUAAUCAGCCUCGAGGUUUAACUUUAACUACAUUCACUUGCUAGGGGAUUGUUGAACGUUUCAAUCGCACAAGAAGACGCUUCUGUUAUCACAUUUGUUGGCUGUGUGUGUGGGUGUGUGUGGGCACUUUACAGAAAGGAUGGAUAAAACACUGAGCAGCAAUGCGCCGGUGGUCCAGGUGUGUUUCCCCAACGUGAGAGCACAGGUGCUGGACAACCUGAACCGCCAGCGAGAGGAAGGGCGACUGUGUGAUCUCUCUAUCCAGGUUCAGGGUCAGGUGUUCAGGGCACAUCGUUGUGUACUGGCGGCUUCAUCGCCCUAUUUUCAUGACCAGGUUCUGCUAAAGAACGUGAGCACGGUGUCUCUGCCGUCCGUCAUGGACCCUCUGGUCUUCGAGAGUGUCCUUAACUCGGCCUACACGGGCCAGCUGAGCAUUGUGCGUGAUGACAUUGUCAACUACGUCACAGUGGCCAGCUUUCUACAGAUGUGGCACAUUGUGGACAAGUGCACGGAUAUCCUCAAAAGGUCUAGACCCUUGACCCAAGCCAGCCCAGGUGUAGAGCCUGGCAACUCCAGGCACCAAAGUCCCAGCAGCUCAGAUUGCUGCCUGACUGAACCUGAGGAGCAGAAGAAGCCCCUCGGAGGAGAAUGCGCCUCUCUUCCUCCUCUGGCCACCUGGAGGAGGCCGCAGCAGGUGCCCCAGCAGGGUAAAUGGGGCAAAUCCAAGCUGUUUCUGCCCCCCCAACACAGAGCCGUUUCUCCCCCAGCCGGGGAAGCAGAGCGGGGAAGUAGCCCUGAGGCUGCGAACGAGAAACGCAACUGGGUGCGGUCUCGCCUCCGGGAGAGCAGGGAGGUGGACGAGGAGGACAGAAGGCGAGGGGAGAGGUGGAUGGAGGCAGAUGAAGGUGUAGGGGAGGAGUUGGAGGAGGAGGAGCGACGGGCCGGAGGCUGUGGUUCAGGGGCAACUCUUAAAAAGGAGGGAGAGAAAGGGGGAGAGGGGAAGGGUGCUGAGAGGGACAAAGAUCAGGAGGAAGGGUUUCUGGCAGCAGCUCACAAUGCAGAGGAAGUGCUUGUUGCUGCUCACUGUCCACUUUCUGGGCGUGGUCAGUGGCAGCCGGCAGCUGAUUGGGCGACGGGUCCGUGCGCUCAGCCAGGUGGGAAGUUAAUGGAGGAUGCUGAGAAGGACGCAGAAGAAGUGGACUUUGGCCGUUUCACAGAGGGAGGAUUUGAGGGAGAGACGUACGACGAGAUUGAGGAUGGCACAGGGCAAGUUUCCCAAAGGCCUUUGCUUCCUUUGUCACCUGGCAAUGCUGGGGGUGGAAUGGACUUUGUGCUAGGGCCAUCAGAGCUUUCGUGGACGUCAGGCGCGCUCUCAUCCCCCUCUGUCCCUCCUUCCUCCUCUCCCGUGCCCUCCUCCUCGUCUCCGCCCUCCCUCACACCCUAUGCUGGCAAAGUGCACUUCUGCCACUGCGGUAAAGCCUUCACGCUGAAGAGCAUGCGAGACCGUCACGUCAAGAUGCAGCACCUGAACCUGCGGCCUUUUGCCUGCCCCGUCUGUGCCAAGAGCUUCAAGAUGAAGCACCACCUGACCAAGCACGUGAAGACGCACGGUGCUCUGAGGCCUUAUGAGUGCACCGUCUGCGGCAAGAAGAUCAUCUGGAGGGAUAGUUUCCUCAAACACCAGGCGCGCUGCCAACACCUCGCCAACAGGUCUGCCUGCGUAGACACCAAUGAAGCAGAGUCAGAUCAGGACAAGGUGGAGUUGGAGUAUGAGGGUUACCCAGGCGACGGACACGUAAAGAUGGAGCAGGGAGAGCAUGAGGGAGCUCCAUUGGCCCAUGUUCUGAAGGAGGAAGAUGGUGGCAGCUACACUUGAUAAGCAGAUCAUAUCCACAAAGAAUCCUGUAGAUGUGAAGCAACAUCUUCACGACUUGAUCCACCACUGCAAGACCACAUAAUCUGUUCUUCUUCAAAUCCCCAUCAUAAUAUGAUUGAUGCCUAUCUUGACUGGAGAAGAUACAGUUCCUUAAGGAACACAUGAUGAUGUAGAUUCACUGGUACUGCAUGGUGAUUACUCACACUGGGUAUCAUGAUCAUCAUUUCACACUGGUUUAGUAGCUCACAGCUUUUAGUUCCACAUCCUUCAACUAUAUUUAAAUGUUUCCUUUUGUUGCAUCUUUUUCAAUCACGUUUAUUAAGGUCCAUCACCAGACAACAUUUUUUUAUGAAUAGAGAUCUAAACUUUAUUUAUAGUGCAGUCCAGACUGUUCAGUUCACUCGGUGUACCACAUGCAUCAUCAGGGGUUUUAAGCAAAGCUGGAAAAGUGUCUGGAAUUUAGAUUUAUUGCCGUACCUGGUGAAACGUGAGCAGUGUUCAGGAAAGCUCAACAUUGUAUUUAGACUUUUCCUGAUUUGAUGAAGUUUAGUGUUUUUACUUUUCAUGUUAAUUGCUUUUAAAAAUUUUGCGGUAACUAAUUUAAAAACAAAAAAAAAAACCUGUGCUUUUAUCAUUUGUGCUCGUUCCUCGUAAGUAAAUAUAACCUGCAAACGAUCAGUUAUUUAGACCUCCUGAUUAUUAUAAAUGUGUAGAAUUCAUAAAGUUUAUUUAUCAGUGCAAAGGAAGUAAAACUGCCCAGUUACAAUCCAGAGGAUAAUUAAUCACAAUUGCAAAAUUGUUACUCAGCUUUGAGCGAAGUUAAAGCUAAAUCAUGAGCCUUUGUUAGGACUUCUAAGGAAGCCACUUUUUAAUAUCGACCUUUUACGCGUUUUAAAUAGCAGCUGCGUAUUUUAGCAAUAGAGUUCGCUGGUACGAGUUAGCGCUCAGAAACGUACCCGUCGUCUUUCGUCUUUGCCAAUAAAACCUAAAAUAUGAACCUGAAAUAAUUUACAGCAAGUUGUGCAAGUGUUUCUAACUCUCUGAUAUUAGCUCCAUCAUCUUCCCCCGGUUUCGUCCAGUGCUCAGCUUUGUGUCACGGUAAAUAAAGAACGUUUUGAGUUUAUUAAUGUGAUCGAAGAUAUAUAGAUGGAUCGCUGACAAUAGACAUGUAUAUAUUAAACAGCAGUUUAUUAUAUUUAUUAGAGACGCCAUCAACGGUUCUGGCUUGAAAACGUAUUUUUUAGCUGAGCGGGAAAAAGCCAACAGAGUCUAUUUCAUACUAUCACAUGUUCGAGAGACUUUAUGUAUAGUUUUAAUUGUAAUAAGAAGGUGACGCAUCCACCCCCACAUGCAACUUCCUGUCAUAUACCCUUGGUCUAUGACGUAAUUCAUUUUGGGGGGUUUGUGCAUCUCUAUAAACUUUAAUGCAGAGUCUGUAUUGUUGAUGGCCUCAUUUUUGAAAUCUGCUUAUUUAGACUCCAAUAAUUUUAGUUAGCUCAAAAAUUCUUUUCCAGAGCUGUUUGGAAGUAAACUAUUAGUUUGCUGGACCACAGGGUGGAGUUUUCUUUAAAAUGAGUAAUGAUGGCUACUUUUGUGUGUAUAAUUUAGAUGAGGAACCCAAGAGGAACGUCAUGCUGUAUGCUGAUGAGUGUCACUAUAUAACUGUUUAACUUAUAAUUUACUUUUUUGAAGUGUUUCACUUUUAAUGUUUUAUAUUUUAGUUGACAGGAUCGGAAAGUUUUCAAGACGCACAACCUGAAGAAACCCGAAACCGUGCUUCAGUUUAAAAUAAUUAUGGACGUUGGCUUUUAAUAUCUUCAUAUAGGCCAAGGCCCUGUCUUUGCAGUACAGCACAGUUUAUAUGGGAUUUAAUGUAAAAUGUGUAUCUGAAGCUCAGCACCUGGUCUAUCACAUACAUACACCUUCUUCUCAUGCUGAAGUCUCGGCAUCUGUAUAAAGAUAAAUGUACAAGACAGAGAGCAGAACUGACCUGAUGUCACCGGUAAAGUCAGCAAUGUUCCAUUCUGUCACAAUCAAGACGUAUUUCUGGAAUUAUUGUGUUACGUUUGGUCACUAGAUUUUAGUCAUCCGGUGCACCGCAACCCGUUGGUGCCUAAAGGCGCAGGGAGACGAGCCGUCGAGGACGUAAAUUUGAGACUCUGAUGUGAUGGUAUUUAUUAUUGACUUGUUGCUGAGCAUAAUGGGUUUGUGUGACUGCUUGAUUACACACUGAAUAAAUAUCAACAAUCAUCAACAUUUUA